AUCUCGUGAACUGUUAAAAAGAAGGUAAUAUGAGCAGUCUGGUGCAGUACUCAGAUAGUGAGGGUGAGGACUCAGAUGAUCGUGACGUCACCUCUGUAGAUUGUGAUCCAAGAAAGCGCAAGCAGUCACCACUUAGUCAAAACAGUGUUGGAAAUGUGAAAAAGAUCAGAUCCAGUGAAGUCCUUCCUCUGCCAGACACCAUAAAAUCACUGUUUUCUAAUGGAGAUAAACAUCUAGAUAACCCCGAGGAACACGAGGGGAGAACUAGGUCAUUUGAACACUUAGAAGGAAACUGGGCCACUCACAUCAGUGUUCCAUAUGAUCCUGAUGAAAGAAUGAGAGAACUGAUUGAAGAAUUGCUACUGUGUUUAAGACCACUUGAUUUUAAACCAAUGAAAGAGCUUCAUUUAAGUUUGUCCCGGACUGUUGCUAUCCGACACCACUGGAUCAAACCUCUGACCGACAGUUUACAGAACAGAUUUAGGCCCCUGCAGAGAACUUGCUGUGAAUUUUCUUCUGUUAAACUGUACACAAAUGAUGAAAAGACAAGGACGUUUAUAUCUCUUGCUGUGUCAGCCCCUGGUAGUAUUCUACAGGACUACACAAAAGUUGUUGAUGAAUGCUUUCAAGAGUACAACCUUCCAAAGUACUACAAGGAUCCAUCUUUCCACAUCAGCAUAGGUUGGUGUUUACAUGAUGUUAUCCCAGAAAUUAACAAAGAAACUCUCCAGAAAUUACAGGAAAUACUUGAUGUUACAUUGGAGGAAAACACAGAUCUAAAAUUGUUUACAGUUGAAAAAAUUAUCUGUAAAACUGGAAAUAAACAAUUUUUGAUAGAGUUAAGCAAAGGAUAUGGAUGAUGAGAUUUUGUGAGAAAUAACUAGCUCAUGUGAAAUGAAAUUUGUAGACAGGUGCCUUUUGAUUACGGGAUGGAAUGGAAAAUGUGAGAAAGUUAUUAUACUAGCACUACUUGGUUUAUUUAUUAUGUGAUUCCAAGUUAUAUUAAAAGGUGCAAUACAUUAAUGGUAAGGUUUCUGUUUCAUGAAAUAGAAGAUGGCAGUGUUGUUUGUUAUGUGAUCUAGAGGGUAGAGUGGUAGCCUUGCUACAAAGAGUAUGACUAAAUCCAGAGGAAGAAAAAAAAUUAACUCUCUUCAAAUAUGAACUACAUUGUAUACAACAGAAGAUUGUUGUACAGACAUAGGCGAUGUAUAAGAUGAAUGUAGCAAUCUUUAUCCAAAUAAUGUAUUAAAAAAAAUAAAAUAUC